AUGUUGAAUGUGAAUGAUAAGCUAGGAGGAGUUCCUGUUUGUAGAUUGAAAGGUUUUAGAAGCUGGUUUGAUUGCAAUGCUAUGAUUGAUUUGGGUUUCUCGGGCCGUAAAUUUACUUGGAAUAAUAAGAGAGUCUUUGAAAGGCUUGAUCGAGCUAUAUGUAAUUUGGAGUGGAGGCGGUUGUUUGCUGAGGCCACUGUGAGACAUCUACCAAGAACCAUGUCGGAUCAUAACCCUAUUAAGAUCUGUCUUACUUCGUGUUUUUCAGCCUCCCCUGCCUUAAGGCCCUUUAGAUUUGAAGCGAUGUGGCUUCAUCAUGAGAAGUUUAAUGAUUUUAUUUCUGAAGCUUGGGGUCCUGGUGAUGGUACAGCUGUGGAGAAGACUUUUGCCUUAAUUGAGCGUCUUAAACAUUGGAAUAUCAAUGUUUUUGGACAGCUGCGCCAAAGAAAAAGUUGGUUGUUGGCUCGAAUUGCUGGUAUCCAGAGAGCUUUAUGCAAGGGGCCUAAUAGGUUUCUUAGUAAUUUGGAAACCUCUUUGAUUGAUGAUUUUAAUAAUGUUCUUCAGCAAGAAGCUGUGUUUUGGCAACAAAAAUCCAGAAUUACUUGGCUACAAGAUGGUGAUAGAAACACCAAGUUCUUCCACACUACUACUAUCAUAAGAAGGAAAAGAAAUAAGAUUGAAAGGUUGAAGAAUGCUAAUGGUAUUUGGAUUGAGGAGGCUAACAGUUUAAAAAUCUUGGCUGUGGACCAUUUUUCCAAUCUCUUUUCUACUACUUCUCUUGGUGACUAUGUGAUUGAUCCCCCUAACCUUUUCCCCCCUGUUGAUGUGGUUGAUCUGCAUGGUUUGGUUCAACCAAUUAAUAUGACUGAGGUUAAGACUAGUCUUUUUAAUAUUGGUGGGCUUAAAGCCCCUGGUGCAGAUGGGUUCCCUGCUUGCUUUUAUCAAAGUCAGUGGAAUCAAUGUGUUGAUGAUAUUUUUCAAAUGGUGGUGAAUGCUUUUAAGGAGUGUCGAAUCCCAAAGAAGCUUAAUUAUACUCUAAUCACCUAG